AUGAAAAACUUAGACUUAAUUUCUGUACAUACUAAAUUACCUUCAAUCGAAGAAUCGGGCCUGGAGUUUAAGGCAAAGGUUACAGUCAAGCGCCAUAGUGAUAAAAGAUUAUCUACGCAGCCAACAUAGAAUAAGACUAACCGUUCAUCAUCAACCAGCUACAGAUAUAAAACUCAAUACUUCAAUAUAAAAAAAGAGGAAGCUCAGACGAAUUAUUUCACUCAGGCCAAUUUUAUUACUGAUAUGUGUAACUCAAGCAAGCCUGUUCAAUCAAAGACACAAACUAAAUCUGAUAGAGAUUCCCCACAAUCUCAAUUCAAAAAUUCUGAGGAAGUGAAGAGUCAGACUCCAUUAACUCAUCGAUAAUAGUAUUCUCGGCAAAAGGGAUCGCCAUUUAAUAUAUAAUGGGUGCUUUUCAAAGAUAACAAGGAUGUCAACUCAUUCUAAGCAGAAAAGAAGCAAGAACCAGAAUAAGAUGAGGAAAUAUUAUAAAAGCUCUAUCUGGAAUCUAUUCAGCGGUAUAUCAGAAGCAAACCCUUUUCAUUAACCAAAACUGAUACAUCACUGAAGGAUACUAUGAGAAUCGAAGCACCCUCUUUAAGCACUUUGGAGGGAGAAAAUUACAACACCAUUUUAAGAGAAAACUAUGUUAUUCCUCGAUAAUUAAAGCUUGCUAAAAAUAAGCUCUAAAGGUCUUCAAGUAGUAAAGUCUUGAUUGAACUAACUCAAAGCAAUGUUAUAAAGGAUAAUGCUGACAUUAAAAAAUCUCUGCUCUCUCAGAUUUAUAAUGAAUAAGAGGGAGCAAAAUACUAGAUUGCAGGGAAAGAAGCUUCAUCAUUGAUGACGAGAAGUUUAUCAUAAAGUUUUCUACUGAAAACACUAGACAGUUCUAAAUAAGAAAAUAAAAAGUUGAUUGAGUAUAACAAGUUUAAGUUCAAUUAACAAGGUCCUAAGGUCAAUCCAUUCAGUUGUAACGUAUAGCAUAUUCUACUUAAAAAACUCACUCGCUCCUAAUACUUUGAUUAUUAAUGCUUGAAGCUGCUAAAAGAUAAGAUGUAAGAUUAAAGUGCUAUUGAUCAUAAUGAGACAUAAACUUAGAAGUAAGUAGUUCAUGAUGAUAUGGUCAGACUUGGAAUCUAAGAACAGUUAACUAGAGUUAUUGCUUAAGUCAACGCUUCUUAAAUUAGACCUGAUGGUCAUAAUCACGGACAUGGACACGGAUAGACAUCUGGAUUGGGCGAAACUAAUGGUUUCAGCCAAUCUAAAGUUAUUCAAAACCCGGAUAUAACAAUAUUUAAGGAGGGGUAAAAUGACAAUGAAGAUGAUGAGGAGAGUCUUGAGAUUAUACCAAGACCAGAUGAUAUCAAUUCGAAAUCUAUGCAUUCUAACAAGUUCUUUAAGGAGUUCUUAUCAAGCCAUGAAAAGAACUAUGUUUAAACUAUGUAAAAAAUGAAGAAAAAUGGAACUAGUGCUUAAUUUCAAAAAAGCUUAAGAGAUUACUUGGACGCCUAGUAGUGCAUCAGCCCAUGCACCCAAACUCUAAGAAGAAGUCGUGCAUUGCUUGAACCACUUAAGAAUCCUAAGUCUAGUCUGUAAACCCAACUAACCUUCCUUCAGCAUUAGCAAACAACUAGAACUGAUUUCCAUAGCAGAAGAGUGUCAAGUCAAAUAAAUGAUGAUAUAAAUUGA